AUGUUCGUUCCGGGUCGGCAAGUCAGUGGCGCCCCGGAGACCCGGGGAAGGGGGGGGCGUAGGGUGUCUCUCCGUCUGGCUUCCCCACUUUCCGGGGGGCCCCCCCGCCGUGAAUUCCCGCGACGCAACCAAGAGCCCACCCGCGGCCUUGGGGCCGGGAGAUGGGGCCAAGGGGCCAGGAGCGAGCGGGGCGCCGUACCAAGAGGGCGCCGCAUCAAAACAGCAAAAGAAGCUGGGAGCGAGCCUUUUGGCGGGAGGACUCUGCUCUGCGCCAAGCCCUUUUCAGACCGGCCCGCGCUUUCCCGUUUUGAUGGCCCGCCCCUUCCUUGCCCCCCCUGCCUUUCGCGCUUUCUUUGGCCGCCCCAAGACUCGCGCGAUCUUGUUUGGUGGGCGCCCGGGGUGCUCCCGCCAUUCUUGCAGGCCCGGCCGGCCGGCCGGCUGGCAAACGCGCCGCGCGCAACCAAAGCCUUCGGGGGGGCCGGGCGCGCGGGAUGGGAGUGACAUUUCCGUGGCGGCCUGUUUUAUCUUUUCUAAUGAAUCUCUUUGAAGUUAUGAGCGCACGAACGCGCCCGAGCCCGGCGCAGCAGAUGUUGCUGCCAUGAUUGGCCCGGGGCCUUAGAUGAUACAUGCGAAUUCUCCCGCGCAAUGGUUUGCCUAUUUUUGUC